UCGUCAUCAGCCAGCUAAAUUAGCUUGUCAUUUCAGAUGGUUGACAGCAAUAACUGUUAUAUGAUAUACCCAUGGAAUUUGUUGGAUAUUUUUGUGACUGGCUUGCUGUUUCAUAUGGCUAAAAAUAGAGGCAAAAUGCUCGGGGAAGAGCAGAAAUACAUCAAGCUGUCUGAGCUGACAUUUAAUGCUUUCUUGAAAGAAGAUACCUCUCAAUCAUCAUCAUGCUCGGGUACAUCUGAUGACACCAUCAUUCUGAAUUUCACUAUGUGUGACGAUGUUGAAGAAGUAGCGGCAGGCGAAGGAACCCAGCCUAAAACGCCAUGCCACAUAAACUAUGAGGCAAAAGCAUUGAUUGAAAUAAUCCUAACAUCAAAGCCUGGUGGUGAACGCAUUAUGCAAGAGUAUGGAAAAACCAAAUCUCUGACAGAUGCCACCAGAAGACAGAUGAUCAACAUACUUACUGCUGAGAUGACAGAAACACAUGGGACAUCCCCCCCCAAAAGUGUCAGAGUGAUGUAUGCACAGGGGAUAGUAGCUUUGUUUCCCUAUCUAGAAGACUCAUACUCACAACAUGGAUAUGAACAUUACUACGAUCCGGAGAGUGGUUCCGGAUACCUUGCAUGGCGAUUGAAGACCAUACAAAGAAAAACAGCAGAGGAAAGAGGUGCCUCAGUCAGCAAAUCUCCUAAAGUUGGUGGGCCAGGCCGUGGUCGUCAGCCCUUCACCUAUGACAGAGAGCCAUCUGAUGAGGAUGUGUAAGCAGCUAUUGCUGUUUUGAGACACUCUGCUGAUGAAAACACCGUCCGUGAGAAGAUGAAAAUGACCUUCGUAUAUCGGCAAGCAAUGGUCAACGAUGAAGCCAAAUCAUCAGAUGUCUUCUCGGUCUUCCCAAGAUUUCUGGACACACCAGGACUGAUAGGACAACUUAAUUCAUUGCAUCACCAAAAAUAUCCAAUGUAGCAUCAGGUAACACUCAUUAUUUCUGUCUUUGUGUGUUACAUUGCAGAUAGAACAAGAUUUCAGACUUCUGUUUGGUGAGGCCACAGCCAACAAAUUUUUGGAGAAGUGGCCAACCACUUUCAAAGCAAAAGUAAUAAAGGAAAGCCGUGGACUUGUACCAACCACAGAACUCUUGGAUUUGAUGCGCAAUGCUGAGUCAGCUGCUGGAGUUGAGAAAGGUUGGAACCAGUGUGCAGCAGCAUCUUGACAACAUCACCCAAAGCAGUCAGCCCUACCUUCUCGCCCAGGGAUCCACACAGAGCAGCAUUCUGUCACGCUCUGGACGGGAAGUCACCCCCUGUUCUCAACUGAGAAGCAGACAAUACAGGUCCAGAUGUUCUAUGAUGAUUUUGAGGUCGCCAACCCUCUGGGUUCUAAGCGAGGUAUUCAUAAAUUGGGUGGAGUAUAUUUUACUUUAAGAAACUUCUCUCCAAAAUGGAAUUCUUUUUUGGCUAACAUACACCUGUGUGCCUUAUUUCAUACUCAAGAUGUUAAACAAUAUGGUUUUAGUGAAAUUUUUGCUCCCAUUGUUCGAGACAUUAAAGGGUUAGAGAGCGAUGGUAUUGAGAUUCCAUCAUACAGUGGUUAUGUACGUGGCACUGUAGUACAGGUAACAGGUGAUAAUUUGGGUUUGCAUAGUUUGUUUGGUCUGGUGGAGUCUUUCAGUGCAAGUUACUGUUGCAAGUUCUGUUUAGCGGAAAAGGAGGACUUUCAAACAGAAUUCUCUGAAGAUUCUUCCAAAAUAGUUUUACGCACCAAAGAUUUGCAUACUGCUCACUGUCAAGAAAUGGCUUGUAAUCCAUCCCUUCCGUAUGUUUUUGGUGUGAAAAGGUCAUGCAUAUUAAAUUCAUUGAGGUAUUUUCACACAACUGAGAACUUCUCAGUUGAUGUGAUGCAUGCAAGGGGGUAAGCUUCGCUUCAGAACUCGAGCCAUCUAUGGCGCCAUUUUGUUGCUAACUGGCCA